AAAAAGUUAUCAGCCUAAGAAGAAAGAUGAAGAAGAAUACCAGUAUAGUUCAUGUAGAGCUUUCAAAUUACUAAUGGACGAAGUGAACGACCUAGCGGGACAACACGAAGUUGUCGCCGAAAAUCUACUAGCCAACGUCCUUAAGGAAUUAACGGCGCUGACGAAGGACCUUAGGGACGAACGUAAAAGGCAAUUAUAUGAAGGAUCGAGGUUAACUCAAUCGUUACAAAAUCAAAUAGAUGAAUUAUUUAGAUCGAAAAAGGCAUACGAUAAAGCGUUUAAAGAAUCAGAAAAGGCGAUAGAAAAUUUUCAAAAAGCUGAUGCUGAUUAUAAUCUUUCAAGGGCGGAGGUUGAAAAACAACGAUUAAACAUGUCAUAUAAGUCUCAGGCAUGCGACACAGCAAAAAAUCAUUACGCGGAUCAAUUACAGCGCACAAACGAAUUACAACGACAACACUACCGAUCUGGAUUACCUGAAGUAUUUAGACAGUUACAAGAGUUGGACGAGAAGAGGAUAAAAAAUAUAAAAAACUUUAUUUAUAGUGCAGUAGAAACUGAAAAAAACGUAUUUCCUAUUAUUAAUAAAUGCUUGGACGGCAUUACGAAAGCCGCCGACAUUAUAGAUGAAAAACAAGAUACCAUACUGGUAAUAGAGAGGUUUAAAUCGGGUUUCAACCCUCCCGAAGAUUAUCCCUUUGAAGAUUUGUCGAAAAGCAACGGCAGUAAUCCGGGUAGCCUUCAAAAUGUAAACUCGAUUCAACCUCGCUUGAAAGACGGCGGGCUUACGGUGAAGGGGACAUUUUCCGGCUCGAAAAUUAAAAAACGAGCGGGAAUACUAAAUAUUUUUGGCAGUCGUGGGAAGCUUACAGAAGUGUGUGUUGCAAUCAAGAAUGCGACUAUUGCCGACGGAAAGGACGACUACAGUGACCUGGCGCCAAAUCAAAGAAGAAAAAAACUUAUACAGAAAGUAGAAGAACUUCAAACGAAAGUUACGCAAGAAACGGCAACUAGAGAUGGGCUAAUGAAAAUGAAAGGGGUUUAUGAAUCGAAUCCUGCGUUAGGCGAUCCUAUGACCGUUGAAGGUCAACUAAACGAAUGUAGUCAUAAAUUAGAGAAACUUCAAUUAGAUCUACGGCGAUACCAAGGAUAUUUGGAAGACGCGACUAAAACCGGCGUUCAAAACUCGCACUCGCAAAAUAACUCGCCUAGGUUAGUUAACGGCUCGCGGCAGCACAGAAAUUCCGGCGGCAGCGGACACGACGAGGAAUCACUGAGCAGGUCUGGCAGUGACAGCAGUGUUGCUAAUCCCACACUUAACCAUAACAAACCAUCUGCACCUGGCACACCUCAGCUUAAUAACCAUGGUUGUUCCAACAGUCCAGAGAGCGGCCUCGGUACAUCGAGGACGUCGUUACCCGGUGCAGAUUCCGAUCAGGAUCAGUACGACGGACAUCCGGCCGAAAACGAGAGCGAGUAUUAUGAUGUGCUACCGUCAUUAGGAAUGUGUAAAGCCUUAUAUGCGUUUGAAGCAACAAGCGAAGGCAGUAUUCCCAUGGCGGAAAAUGAGGAAUUACAUCUAAUAGAAUUAGAUCAAGGUGACGGAUGGACUAGAGUGCGUCGUCUCAAUGGCCAUUGCGAAGAAGGGUUUGUGCCGACCUCGUACAUAGAAACAACAUUGUAUAAUACUUAGGGUCAAUUUUAAUAUUGAAUAACGGCGUAUUUAACUGUAAUCAAUGUAAUAUAAACAUAAUGUGAUGCUAAUGUUGUUAUAGUCUAAUCAUUCCAUUCUUAACAAAAGUAGUCACUUUUUGGUGUGAUAUUUAUAUAGAAAAUUGACUAUCGAGUCAUCGAGGAAGGCUUCUGAUAUUAGUUCUGCUCGCGUGAUUUAUGGGCAACAGGUGUGUAUGCGAAACAUUGCCAUUGUUCGGUUGUGACUUGAAAAUCAAAGCGUAUAGACAAUUUGGCCAUUUUUCAAUGUAACAUGUGCUCACUAAAUUUUUUAACCUUUUACGUGUAGCUAGUUUCACGAUGAAUGAAUACAUAAAACAAUGUUAUUAGUCGUUUUAUUUAAUUUUAGGUAUCGUUUUUAUACUUGCGAAUUUUUACCAUUAAUCUGAAAUGUUUGUACAUAAAUCGCUCAUAGCUAGUUAUUGUCAGAUACGUGUGUCUACUCUUGUAGACACUUGUAAUAUAGUUAUAUAGGAAAUAAUCUUUUUAUUUUGUGUAUGUGUAAUUACUUUAUGCUCAGUUAUGCCAAUUUGGGUUUUAAGUGAUCGUUACAUUAUUGUUAUUCGCAGCCUGCGCCAGUAAGUAUACUACUGUGGUUUCAUUGGGACUUUUGAAUUGACUAUGCGGUGUGCUAGAGUUUUACUUUUACGUUAACGAAGUAUUUUGUCAUCUCGUUUAAUAACAAGCAGUAUAUUUAUGCUACGCUUCACAUAUCUUGUGCCUUUAAGGAGUAUAAGCAACCUGCUAUCUUAAUAUCUGGGAAUGCUCACGAAAAAAUUGCGCAAUUUUACGAUAGUUUGAGAGUUAGGCAUAUCACUGUGAAUUAGUAAUUGCUCUAUUUAGUGCUUUGCUUACUCCGUAAAGGCAUAGACAUUCAUAUAGGAGUAACGUUUAAACUAUUCAUUUAUAUAUUGUCUGUGUACAUGACUGAUUUUUAUGUAUUAUAAUAAAUAUCUAUAUUUAA